GGUUUCCAUGGGCCGGACCCGCAAACGACAACAGCUUCGAGCUUUUUUAGGCCUCCUGCCUGAGCCGAAGACAGAGCUGUUAAAGCAAUGUCGUUUACACAGGAGCCGGUGGCGAAGUCUGAGAUUUCUCCGGCGAAUUCAUAUGCAGCUUUGGUUCUGGGCGGUACCUUUGACCGUUUACAUGAAGGCCACCGUCUCUUUCUCAAGGCAGCAGCAGAGCUGGCAAGGGAACGAAUAGUGGUUGGAGUUUGUGAUGGGCCUAUGUUGUCUAACAAACAGUUCUCAGAUUUAAUACAGUCCAUCGAGGAAAGGAUCCAUAAUGUCAAAAAAUUUAUAAAGUCUAUUAAGCCGGAGCUGGUAGUUCAAGUUGAGCCUAUCACUGACCCAUAUGGCCCUUCAAUUGUAGAUGAAAAAUUGGAGGCUAUUGUUGUCAGCAAGGAAACAUUACCAGGUGGACUUUCGGUUAAUAGAAAGAGAGCUGACAGAGGCCUAUCACAACUAAAGAUUGAAGUUGUAGAUCUGGUUUCUGAAGAAUCUAGUGGAGAGAAAAUUAGUUCAACAACAUUAAGGAAGCUCGAGUCUGAGAAGGCCAAGAAACAACAGGCGGAGUAAAUUAGGGACAUGAAGAAUCUGGUUGUCACUGGUUGAGUUCAAUAACAUAGAGGAAACCUGGGUCGUAGAAGUCCAGGAAACAACAGCUAAACGUGUUUCUUUUUUAUUAGAGUACCGGUAAUAAUGUUGGUAUAUGAUCACAGCAUUUCGAGAAAACUUGAAUAUACUGUAGACUUGCCAAAUGUACAGGGAUUUCAUUAAAAAAUUUUACACGCCGCUUUAAAAGCAAA